AUUCAAUGUGUAUGAUUAGAGAGAAAAUUUGUUAGACAGCAUUUAGAGGUUUUAGAUGUUUACAUAAGAUGUAUCUGAUAUUCUGUUGAAUUAUCAGACUGACUAUUUAUCAAGAUUACUUUGAGGACAUUAGGUAUUAUAGUGGAUAGAGAAAUGGCUGAAACACCAAGUGAAUUUCAAUUAAAGAAUCCACCUACAGAUGGCAUAACCGCUGUGAAAUUUGGUCCAAAUUCUAGUCAGUUUCUGCUCACUUCAUCAUGGGAUACAUCGGUCCGUCUGUACGAUGUAAUUGCAAAUCAUCUACGAAUGAAAUACAACCAUCCAGCACCAGUACUAGACUGCUGUUUUCAUGAUGCUGUUCACUGCUACAGUGGAGGUGUAGAUAAUACACUGAAAGUCUAUGAUUUUAACACAAAUACAGGCACCAAUGUUGGUACUCAUGAUGCACCAAUUCGUUGUGUGGAAUACUGUCCUGAUGUGAAUGUUGUCAUAACUGGCAGCUGGGACUCGUCUGUCAAACUGUGGGAUCCUAGAACACCAUGCAGCGCUGGUACAUUCACACAACCAGACAAGGUUUACACAAUGUCGGUAUGUGGUGAUCGUUUAGUGGUUGGUACUGCUGGUAGAAGAGUUCUCGUUUGGGAUCUGAGAAAUAUGGGAUAUGUCCAGCAGCGUAGAGAAUCCAGUCUGAAAUAUCAGACUCGCUGUAUCCGAUGUUUCCCAAAUAAACAAGGAUAUGUUCUCAGUUCCAUAGAAGGUCGAGUGGCAGUGGAAUAUUUAGAUCCAAGUCCCGAAAUACAAAAGAAGAAAUAUGCAUUUAAAUGUCAUCGUGUGAAGGAGAAUGGAGUUGAAUUGAUCUACCCUGUAAAUGCCAUCGCCUUUCAUAAUCAGCACAACACAUUUGCUACAGGUGGAUCUGAUGGUUUUGUAAAUAUUUGGGAUGGAUUUAAUAAAAAAAGACUUUGUCAGUUUCACAGAUACCCUACAAGUAUAGCUGCUCUGUCCUUCAGCGCAGACAGUUCUGUUCUGGCAAUUGCCUCCUCAUACAUGUAUGAAAAUGAUGAACAGAAAAGUAUACCAGAGGACAAUAUCUACAUCAGAAAUGUUAGUGACCAAGAAACAAAACCAAAGUAACUAAAUUGUGUUAUGUACAAGGAAAAAACAUUUGCCCAUGUAACAUGAUCUUAAAAUAACACACUGUGUGAGAAAGAAACAUUGUGACAUGUCCUUAAUAAGAAAACAUAUUGUGAGAGGAUAUUUAUGGACAAAAACCAUUUUGACAUGUAACAUGAUCUUCAUUGGAGAAAAUUAUUGUUACAUGACUUAAUUGGAGAAAAACAUAUUGACGUGAUGUUUAUUGGAGAAAAAACAUUUUGAUGUGAUUUUUAUAUGAGAAAAAACAUUUUGACACAAUCUUUAGUGGCGUAAAACAUUUUGACGUGAUCUUAUGGGAGAAAAACAUUUUGAUGUGAUUUUUUAAUUGGAGAAAAACAUAUUGACAUGCUGUUUAUUGGAGAAAAACAUUUUGACCUGAUUUUUAUUGGAGGAAAACAUUUUGACCUGAUUUUUAUUGGAGAAAAAACAUUUUGACAUGAUCUUUAGUGGCGAAAAACAUUUUGACGUGAUUUUAUUGGAGAAAACAUUUUGAUGUGAAUUUAUUGGAGACAUGAUUUUUUUUGGAGAAAAAAAUUUCAACAUGAUCUAUUUGGAAGGAACAUUAUGACAUGAUUUUAAUUUUGAAGCAUUGUGACAUGAUCUUUAUGGAGUAAACAUUGUGAAAUUAUCUUCCUAGGGAAAAGUUAACAUAAUCUUCAUGGGAGAAACAUUAUAAUGUGAUCUUUAUGGAGAAAACAUUGUGAAAAAAAUUUUAUGCAGGAACAUUGUAAUGUUAUCAUAAUGGGGAAAACAAAAUGUAUGGCUCAUUUUGACAAGACUUUUAUUGGUGGGGGGGUACAAGUUCCAUCAUACAUGUGGAGAAGUGUCACACCAUUCAGUGUAAAAACUUUUGUUAUAUUGAAUAAUCUUGCAGAACUUAUUUAAAUUACUAAUACAAUGCUGUUGUAAAAUAUUGUCCUUCUGGAACUGUUACUUUUUAGCUCACCUGAGCACUAUUUGGCAUGUACCAUUGUGCAGUGGACCACCUUUACCAAGAUUGUUCAAAUUAUAGCCCUGAGGUUAAAAUUGGCCCUGCCGGCCCCAGGUUCAUUGAUUUUCGUUAUUUACAUAUAGUAAAAUCUUAAAAAUCUUCUUGUCUGAAGGUACAAGGCUUAGAGCUUUGAUAAUUUGUAUAUAAUAUCAUCUAUAGGUCCUCUACCAAAGAUGUUCUAAUUUUGCCUCUAGUGUCAAAAUUGAAAAUUGGCCCUCGCAAGGGGUGGGGGGGGGGGGGAGUCUUAGGUUUUCCUUAUUUGUACAUAUAAUAGUGAAAACUUUAAAAAACUUUUUCUCUGAAUUGACAAUGGCUAGAGGUUAGAUAUUUCGCAUGAAACAUAGUGUGGUGGACCUCUUCCAAGAUUAUUCCAAUUAUAUCCCAGGGGUCAAAUGGCCCUGCCCCAGGGUUCAUUAAUUUUCAUUAUGUAUAUAAAGUAAAAACUUUAAAAAUCCUGUCUGAAGGUACAAGGCUUAGAGCUUUGAUAUUUGGUAUAUAAUAUUAUCUAAAGUCAUUGGUUUUCCUUAUAUGUAUAUAGUAAAAACUUAGAAAAUCUUCUCUAAAUUGCCAAAGGCUGGAAGUUAGAUAGUUUGCAUGAAUGAUUGUGUAGUGGACCUAUACCAAGAUUGCACAUAUUAUAGCCCUGGGUUCAAAAUUGGCCCACCCCAGUUGGUCUUUGAUUUUCAUUAUGUACAUGCAGAAAAAAAAGACACUAAAGAAAUGUUUUUAUUUUUAGCUCACCUGUCACAAAGUGACAGGGUGAGCUUUUGUGAUCGCUUUUCGUCCGGCGUCCGUCCGUCCGUAAACUUUUGCUUUAAAUGACAUCUCCUCAUAAACCACUGAGCCAAUUUCAUCCAAACUUCACAGGAAUGUUCCUUUGGUGGUCACCUUUAAAAAUUGUUCAAAGAAUUUAAUUCCAUGCAGAACUCUGGUUGCCAUGGCAACCAAAAGAAAAAAAUUUAAAUAUCUUCUUUUAAAAAACCAUAAGAGCUAGAGCUAAGAUAUUUGGCAUGAAACAUCUUCUAGUGAGUGUCUACCAAGUUUGUUCAAAUAAAAGCCCUUGGGUCAAAAUUGGCCCCGCCCCAGGGGGGCAUUGAUUUUCCCUAUAUGCAUAUAGUAAAAACUUAAAAAAUCUUCUUUUAAAGAACCCAAAGAGCUAGAGCUAAGAUAUUGGGCAUGAAACAUCUUCUAGUGAGUGUCUACCAAGUUUGUUCAAAUAAAAGCCCUGGGGUCAAAAUUGGCCCUGCCCCUGGGGGUCAUUGAUUUUCCCUAUAUGCAUAUAGUAAAAACUUAAAAAAUCUUCUUUUAAAGAACCAUAAGAGCUAGAGCUUAGAUAUUUGGCAUGAAACAUCUUCUAGUAAGUGUCUACCAAGUUUGUUCAAAUAAAAGCCCUGGGGUCAAAAUUGGCCCCGCCCCAGGGGGGUUCAUUGAUUUUCCCUAUAUGCAUAUAGUAAAAACUUAAAAAAUCUUCUUUUAAAGAGCCCCAAGAGCUAGAGCUAAGAUAUUAAGCAUGAAACAUCUUCUAAUGAGUGUCUACCAAGUUUGUUCAAAUUAAAGCCCUGGGGUCAAAAUUGGCCCCGCCCCGGGGGUCAUUGAUUUUCCCUAUAUGCAUAUAGUAAAAACUUAAAAAAUCUUCUUUUAAAGAACCAUAAGAGCUAGAGCUUAGAUAUUUGGCAUGAAACAUCUUCUAGUGAAUGUCUACCAAGUUUGUUCAAAUAAAAGCCCUGGGGUCAAAAUUGACCCCGCCCCAGGGGGUCAUAGAUUUUCCCUAUAUGCAUAUAGUAAAAACUUAAAAAAUCUUCUUUUAAAGAACCCAAAGAGCUAGAGCUAAGAUAUUUAGCAUGAAACAUGUUCUAAUGGGUGUCUACCAAGUAUGUUCAAAUAAAAGCCCUGGGGUCAAAACUGGCCCUGCCCGGGGGGGGUCAUUGAUUUUCCUUAUAUGUGUAUAGCAAAAAGUUAAAAAUCUUCUUUGGAAAAACCCAAAUAGCUAGAGUUUAGAUAUUAAGCAUGAAACAUCUUUAAGUAAAUAUCUACAAAGUUUGUUAAAAUAAAUGCCCGUGGGUCAAAACUGGCCCUGCUCCAGGGGUGUAAUUGUUUUUAACUAUAUGUGUAUAGUAAAAACUUUAAAAAUCUUCUUUUAAAAAAGCCAAUGAGCUAGAACUUAGAUGUUUAACAUGAAACAUCUUCUUAUGGGUGUCUACCAAGUCUGUUCAAAUAAACAAAUAAAAGCCCUUGGGUAAAAAUUGGCCCGGGGGUGGGGGGGCCUAUAUACAGGUGAGCGACCUCAGGGCCAUCAUGGCCCUCUUGUUUACUUCAUUGUCUUCUUUUGAGCUUUCAUAUACUUAAUAAUUGUAUAAUAUGUUUGUUUAAACAAAUAUAUGAUAUUAAAAUACAUAUUUUCUGUCAGUUGUCAUAGAACAUGAUUACCGAUAAUAUUCAAAAACGCCCAUAUUCAAGUUUUAUUAAAACCUUAUCAGCAAUGGAA